AUGAAACUAUCAGACAGGGGGACGCGGGCCAGUGAAUCGGAUUCAGAUAAAUCCAGCUCACACAUGAUCUCUGCAGAUGAUGCGGAAUACCCCAGGGAGUACAGGACCCUGGGGAAUGGAACCCGACGCUUUUCCAAUGUGGGCCUGGUUCAUACCUCGGAGAGGCGGCACACGGUAAUCGCGGCACAAAGCCUGGAGGCUCUCACCGGCAUGCAGAAGUCGGACAUGGAGAGGAAGAGGGAAGCUUUCCUGGACCACUUGAAGCACAAAUAUCCUCACCACGCCACAGCCAUCCGUGGGCAGCAGGAACGUCUUCGCGAACAGCAGGGCUUUGAAGCUUGGAGCGCCUGCGAGUUCAGAGAUGGAGGGAACAAGAUUGAGGCUAAGCAGGGAGAAUGUUUGGGUGCCCACUGUCACUGUGAUGGAUCCUUGCAGGUGGCUGAGGAUUUCUGUUUGAACACAACAUCGCUUGUUGUGCAGACUCGGAGUCCCAGACAUUCCCAGAGCCAGCAGUCUGGACUGGCGGACCAAGCAGCCAAGUUACCAUUCGCAUCAGCGGAGUCCUUGGAAACCAUGUCCGAGGCUGAAGUCCCGCUCGGUUUUACCCGGUCCAACCGUUUCAGACAGAGCCUGCCCCUGUCUAGGUCCACGAGUCAGACCAAACUUCGCUCACCAGGGGUUUUGUUCUUGCAGUUCGGUGAUGAAACCAGACGUGUCCAUGUCACUCAUGAAAUCAGCAGCCUGGACACCCUGCAUGCUCUGAUUGUUCACAUGUUCCCUCAGAAACUCACAAUGGGAAUGCUAAAGUCACCUAAUACUGCAAUCCUCAUCAAGGAUGAGACAAGAAAUGUCUUUUACGAACUGGAAGAUGUAAGGGAUAUCCAAGAACGAAGUAUAAUAAAAAUUUUCAGGAAAGAUCCUGUCUAUGCACCAUAUCCUUCCCAUGCUUCCCAUAUCGCCAAUGGAGAUCUGAGAAGGGAGAUGGUUUACACAUCGAGGGAAUCGUCACCCUCCCGCCGCCUGAGCAGCGUGGCCGCUGGUUCUCCCCACCUGGUGCCGGGCUCCCCAGGCCCAGGCCUGCCCUCCUCAUCCCCUUCCCGUUCCCGGAUGUCGUACAGUGGCGGCCGUCCACCAUCCUACACUGGGAGCCCGGUCCACCACCCUGAGCGCCUGGGCAGUAUGCCACCUUCGCAGUCCAUCUCUCCCAGCCCGAGCGCCAUCUUGGAGCGGAGAGACGUGAAGCCAGAUGAAGACAUGAGCAACAAAAACGUGGUGCUGAUGAAGAACGAGGGCUUGUACGCUGAUCCCUACGCCAUGAUGGCAGACGGGCGCCUCAGCAUCGCGUCAACGCAGUCUCUGGCGGGAAUGCAGGACCCUUUCUCUUUCCCAGGAGGUCUUUACCGCCGAGGCUCCAUGAGGUCACUCAGCACCUACUCAGCAGCCGGGCUGCAGGCUGACCUGGAGGACGCUUUUUACAAACCGAGCGCCCAGAUCUAUGGCGAUAGUUAUGGCACUGGCCUGGGCUACCGCAUGGCUCCUUCAUCCCCUCAGAAAAUGGCCGACAGCAGAAUGGCAGACAUCCAGCAAGGACAGAGUCCACACAGCCCAUACUCGGGGCCACCCAGCAGGUCAUCCCCGGUACGGCAACCCUUCCGCAAGGAGCCAGGUUCUGCCGUCGUGAUGGAGAGCAUGGUGACAAAGUCCAGGAAUGCCAAUUCCACUGCCGCAACGGAAGCUCUUCCAGGGCCUGGUGAAAGGACAGGGGCAAGUGAGAGGCCAGCAUCAGGGUACAGCUCCCCACUGGCCGUCAACGACCCAGAAACAAGAGAACGGAUGGAAGCCAUGGAGAAGCAGAUUGCCAGUUUGACAGGACUUGUACAGAACGCACUUUUACGAGGGAGUGAAGGGGAACCUGCCAGCGAUAAAUCUGAAUCAAUAAACGGGAGCUCAGGCACCGGAACUCUGAGCCCCUCUGUGCGGAGCACGGUGAACAGCACGGCAGCAGCACCAGCAGCACCAACAACAUCUAUCAGCCACCCCACGGCCAUUACCAGGCUCCAGAUGCAGCUCCAUCUCCACGACCUCCAGCAAAACGCCAGUGACCUCCGCAAUCAACUCCAGCAGCUGCGUAAACUCCAGGUCCAAAGCCAGGACACCAUGAAGAACAUGAUGAAGCGCUUGGAGUCAGAGAUAAGUAUCAGGGUGACAGAAACUCUAAGGAAGCAGGAAGACCCUCUCCAUCGCCAGCGUGCUCUGGUAGAAGAGGAGAGACAGAAGUAUCUGAAUGAUGAAGAGAUGAUUGUGCAGCAGCUGAAUGACUUGGAGAAGGCCGUGGAUGAUUUACAGCGAGACUCGAACCUGAAUCAGAAGCUGAUCACUGUGCAGGAACUGGAGGACAAGGCGCUGGUCUUACGUCAGUUGGGAGAGACCCUCACUGAACUGAAGGCUCAGUUCCCCAGCCUGCAGAGUAAAAUGCGAGUCAUUCUCCGCGUCGAAGUGGAAGCAGUGAAGUUCCUGAAGGAGGAGCCUCACAGGUUGGAUAUUCUGCUGAAACGAUGUAAGACUGUCACAGACGCCCUUGCCACGUUGAGAAGCUGUUCGCCCUCCAACUCAGCCUGUUCCACAGGUACCUGCCCAAGACGUUCCAGCAGACCCACAAAUGAGACCCCGAUGAGGGGAAUUGAGGAAGUGACUGCCCAAUCACCAAAGCACUCAAGCACUGAAUCAUACUCACGGAAUUCCGAAUUUGAAAUCCCUACCAGCCCACCCUUGAACUUCCAGGAACAGAACACGACUGGGGUGAAAAUCUGGCAGAACCACAAUCCCGCCAUGGCACAGCUUACCCAGAAUUCCCCAGCUCAUGCUGCUGCUUCCCAGAAUCCAUCUGGAAUGGGCCAGGGGAUCGUAACCCACAGCAACUCCUUGGAGGAGGCUCCAAUAACACCAAGCAAGAGGAACAUGGACCAAACCAUCUCUGUGGAAGCAGCAGAGAGGGACUGGGAGGAGAAACGAGCCAGUUUGACUCAGUUCAGUAACAAAGAUAUUAACCGUCUCCUGGAAGAGACGCAAGUGGAACUGAUGAAAGCAAUUCCUGAUCUAGGAUUUGCCAACAAACCAAAAACAAUUGUUAUGCUGACAGCUGAGUCGAAACAGACAAAACCUCAGCAUGCACAGAAAACAGUGACCAAGAUGGACCCCAAUGGACGAAGACACUCAGAGGAGUUGACAGUCCACAAAUAUCGAACAGAGAAACCCUCCAAAUCGCCACCUCCACCUCCUCCCCGACGCAGUUUCCCAUCGUCUCAUGGACUGACCACAGGAAGAACGGGGGAGGUCAUCGUCACAAACAAAAAAGAAUCAACCCUCAAAAAAGCUGACUCUGAUGAAACUGAUGCACCAAGACCACAUGUCAAGCUGCGAAGGACCAUGUCUGAGGCCAAGCCUCCGUCAACACCACCACCGAUUGUAGCAUCAGCUGUUCGUGAUGAUGAAGAUGAAGAGAAUAGGAUCAUGGCUGAACUGGAGGUUUUUCAGAGAAACUCUGUGCCUUUCACAGGCUCAAACGACCAGGGGAUGGCUGCUUUCCCCACUCCAGAUCCUAGACCUUGCAGGGUUUCCCUACCAAGCAGACGACUAAAGGAUUCAGGUGGCAUCCCAUAUCCAGAAGAAACUGAAGCCUCAGAGGAUGUCCUUCCUGGUAACCUGGCUACAGAGUGGGAAAUAGAUGUCCCAUGUUCCCCAAGUCCAUCACAGCUCCCUCAGAUUGUGUUUACUGAGCUGACAUCUGGGUCUUGUCCUCCUACUGUUGAAGUCAUGGAGCAAGAGGGAACUGCACCAACUGCCACUCACGACAGCAACAUGGAGAAUGGAGAGACAGCUGGAAGGGGCCUGGGCUCUGUCUCACUGCAGGGUCAACUUACUGUGCCCAGCUCCGAGGCCUGGGCACAGUUUGUGCCGUCUGGGAUCGUGUUGGAAGAGUUCAUGAUGAUUGAAGCUGCUCUAAGGCAGUCUGACCAGACUCGAUCCCAGUCCCCUCCUCCCGACCAGGAAAACCCCAAGGCAAAAGAAAUCCUGGAAGAGAUUCCCAAAAACCCUGCAGCCGAGAUUUCCACUGGGGAAGCACCUUGCAUUGGAGAUGCUGCAGAAAAUGUGGCUUUUAUGAUAACAGAAAACCAAAUCCAGGCCUUAUCCCGAAGGGAAGUCCAGGAAAUUGUUAGUGAGAAAGGUGAGGAUAUACACACCUGGAGUGUUUCCUCAGUGAAGGAAGACAUCUCCGGAAAUCCCUCUCUCAAUCCCUCAGAAGGUCUAUCCAACGGAAAAGGCCCCCUUGUCUCUUUGGACAGUAAACCAGUUGUUGUCAUAUUUGAAGAACCCAUGGACAUCAAAACAGCUUACAAGAGAUUGUCAACCGUAUUCGAAGAGUAUGAUGAAGAAUUUCAAACAAUGUUGGGUGAAAAAGCCUCCAGUCAACAAGCACAAACAUCUUCAAUCCCAGUUGAAGAGCAAAUGGCAACGUUGAUGUUGUCUGCUGUUUCUGAGGGAGUCAAUGAGCCUUCCAAGGAAGAGUCAAUCGACUGCACAUCAGUGAGUGAGUCAGAAGGAGAUCUGAAACAGGGUGAUGACACAGCUUCAGAUGAGAAAGCUUUGCAUUCCAUUCCAAAUGUUACAUCCCCAGAAACUGGAAAUGACAACUCAAAGAAUGUUAAGAUUCGGUUUCCCAAGCAACGGCUGAACGCAUUGACAAAAGCCAUUGAGUCAGGAUCAAAAACUGGACGGAAAACCUUGCAAGUAGUUGUUUAUGAAGAGGAGGAGAAGAUAAACAAAGUAACAGGUGAAAGACAAAUGGAGGUGAAAAAAUACAAACUCAACCAGAUCGAGCAGAACCAGGGCAGGACUUCGAAAACACAAAACACCAGCACAGGCUAUUCCAGGUCAGAGGAAAUCAAGAACAGCACGUACAAAACAAUGGACAGUCUGGAGGAGACCAUCAGAGAAUUGGAAUCCACCAUCACCCAAAUCAGCCAACACCCAAGCAGUGAGUUCACAUUUUCCAAAGAAUGUUUCACUGUCCCCGACGUCAGUGAGCCCGGUGGAGAGCAGGUGGACGAGCCCGGUGGAGAGCAGGUGGACGAGCCCGGUGGAGAGCAGGUGGAUGAGUCUGGUGGAGACCAGGUGAAUGAAUCUGGUGAAGAGCAGUGUCCUGCUGCUUGCCAGCCUGAUGUUGAAAAGGAAGAUGAUGUGCCAAUCCUGAUGGACCAAACGUCCAGCUCACUAAGGAGCCCGUCUCUGAGUUUGAAAGUCAAGCCAGCCCUACUCCCAAAGCCCCAGCUCCCACCAACAGAAGCAAAGACUGGGAGCAAUCCCUCACUGCAAAGCCGCAUUACAAUUCCAGCUUCUCCAAAACUCAAGCAACCGCACAGCAGCGAGAAACUGAAACAUAACAAACAGCGAGAAGAGUAUCUAAGACUACAGAGCCAACAAGGCAGCCAGCAGUUUUGGGACCACAUCUGAGAGUUGGCUUCAAAACCGACUGGGCAAAAGUGAGGACUGCAAAUCCUGGAGAUCAGAGUCAAGAUUACAGUGGUGCUGGAAAAGCACAGCAGGUCAGGCAGCAUCCGAGGAGCAGGAAAAUCGACAUUUCGGGCAGGAGACCUUCAUUUGUCAGCUCCAUCAGUUUGCUCAGUACUACGUCCCUAGUGAUUAUAAUUACACCA